GUCACUGAGCCGCCGCCGAGGACUCAGGAGCCUCCCCCUCGAGCCCCCUCGCUUCCCGACGCUCCGUCCCCCCUGCCCGCCUUCUCCCGCCGCCGCCUUCCGCAGGCCGUUUCCACCGAGGAAAAGGAAUCGUAUCGUAUGUCCGCUAUCCAGAACCUCCACUCUUUCGACCCCUUUGCUGAUGCAAGUAAGGGUGAUGACCUGCUUCCUGCUGGGACUGAGGAUUAUAUCCAUAUAAGAAUUCAACAGAGAAACGGCAGGAAGACCCUUACCACUGUCCAAGGGAUCGCUGAUGAUUACGAUAAAAAGAAACUAGUGAAGGCAUUUAAGAAGAAAUUUGCCUGCAAUGGUACUGUAAUUGAGCAUCCAGAAUAUGGAGAAGUGAUUCAGCUACAGGGUGACCAGCGCAAGAACAUAUGCCAGUUUCUUGUAGAGAUUGGACUGGCUAAGGACGACCAGCUGAAGGUUCAUGGGUUUUAGUGCUUGUGGCUCACUGAAGCUUAAGUGAGGAUUUCCUUGCAAUGAGUAGAAAAUUUUCCUCUGUCCCUUGUCACAAGUUUAAAAACCUCACAGCUUGUAUAAUGUAACCAUUUGGGGUCCGCUUUUAACUUGGACUAGUGUAACUCCUUCAUGCAAUAAACUGAAAAGAGCCAUGAAAAAAAA